AUGUUCAAGAAACUCUUUGGCGAGCACGGCGCCAAGGACGUCGUCACCCUCUUCCACAAACCAUCGAGCCAACCUUCAAUGCGCGUCCUCACGCUUCUCAAGCAAGCGAACGCGACGGCGAAAACACACGCGACCCAAGAUCAAGCAAGCAGCCACGAUACUCAAACCAAAGCCGAGAGGGCGGAUUUCGAGCUUGACGUCACAGAGGCUCCGCCAACUGGUGACCAGCUGAAGAAUAUCCUGGAGUAUCUUGGAGGAUCUGCGGCGGCAUCGAAACUUGUUAGCGGUGCUAGCGAUCAAGCGGAUGCGCUGAGGCGGCUCAAAGAGAACGGGAAUGCCUUUCAAAGGCCUGUGGUUGUAGAUUGGCACCAAGGGAGAGUCGUGGUGGGAGACAAUGAAUCGGAGAUUUUGUCGCUGCUGCGCUCCAUCCCGAAACCGUAG